AGAAUCCAAACAACCAUGCUUGAGCUUCUGCUAUCCAUGCAUCCCUCAACCCUUCAUCUGAACCACUUGCGACGGUUCGUGGUCGCAGGGGGGCUCGAGCCGAUCCAUCUGCCGUUGGCUAUGAGAUGUCUAGCAGCUAAUACGGGUUAAAGAAGAGGUUCUCCUUCAGUCAAACCAUAGUCUGGAGCAGGAGGACCUGGGGAGCCAACACAGUGAAAAGAAACAGGAGGAGCUCUUGACCAAUCAGGAUGGAGAACCACUUCAAGGGCUGUUGGUAGCUGAUCAUUUGUUGGAUCCAUGUAAAGACAGUGAAGAGAACUCAUUUCAUACGACUUUGUUCAAGCAAAACAGUAGGGAGGUGAUGCUUUUAGCCAGCAACUCAGCCGAUUAGAUGUCAACAAAGGCCAAUGGAGUGGACUGUAGAGGAUCAAAACCUGGGAUGAGCUUGGACCAACAUAUGCAUCUACAAUCAGAUACAGACAACAAGGCCUGCAAAACUUGUGAGAAUGAUGAUUGGCAGAAACCUUUGUCAGAUUCUGAACAUGAAUCUGAAGAUGUGGACAAUGAUUGGAGUAAGACCAGGGAGCUUAAUUCAGGUUCAAACUCCCGAGAACUUAAUGUGAAUGAUGCAAGAUUGAAUGAUGCUGAGAAUUCUCAUUACAUCCCUAAGAUCUCUACAAGAUUUGACCAAAAGUGCCAGGAGAAGCCCAUAAAAAUCAGCUGCAGAGCGAAACCCUUUACUUGUGAGGUUUGUGGUAAAGGCUUUGUACGACAAAUAAAUGCAGAGAAACACAAAAUGGUCCAUACAGAGGAGAAAUCCUUUAGUUGCGAUGUCUGUGGGAAGAUGCUUGGAGGACAGCAGAAUGUUGAGGUACAUAUGAGGAUCCAUACGGGGGAGAAACCCUUUAGUUGUGAUGUUUGUGGGAAGAGAUUUAGACAGCGAGACCAUGCUAUGAAACACACAAGAGUACAUACAGGGGAGAAACCAUUUAGUUGUGAUGUUUGUGGGAAGAGCUUCUUUCAAAAGUACAAUGUUAAGAAACACAUGAGAGUCCAUACAGGAGAGAAACCGUUUAGUUGUGACAUUUGUGGAAAGAGAUUUAGUCAGCGGAAUCAAGCUGAGAAACACAUGCUGAUCCAUACAGGAGAGAAACCCUUUGUGUGUGAUGCUUGUGGAAAGAGAUUUAAUCAGCAACAACAAUUAAAGAAACACAUGACAGUCCAUACAUUAGAGAAACCGUUUGGUUGUGAUGUUUGUGGGAAGACGUAUAAAUAUCAUCAACAUGCCAAGCAACACAUGAUAUCCCAUACUGGAGAGAAACCCUUUAGUUGUGAUAUUUGUGGAAAGGCAUUUAAACAUAAACAAUUACUCAAAGACCAUACGAAAUCCCAUACAGGAGAGAAACGGUAUGGAUGUGAUGUUUGUGGAAAGAGAUUUACACAACAACAACAUGUUAAAAAACACAUGACAGUCCAUACAGGAGAGAAAGCCUUUCCUUGUGAUGUUUGUGGGAAGAGAUUUACUCAGCAACAACAUGUUAAAACACACAUGACAGUCCAUAUAGAAGAGAAACCAUUCAGUUGUAAUGUUUGUGGGAAGACAUUUAAGCAUAAACAACAUCUUAGGAAACACAUGAAAAUUCAUACAAGAAAUACACAGAAAUCUGUAGAGUAGAGAAACCCCUUUUCUGCAGUUUAGUGGGCAUACAUGAAAGGGAAUCGGUUGAGUCGGUAACAUAUCUUGUUUUUAUCACUUGAGGCUUUUGUUUAAGAUUAAAUCGGUUUUAUCUUUUAAUGAUUUUGAGAGAGUUAUACAUGCUUUUAUUUCAACUCGACUGGACUAUUGCAAUGCACUUUAUGUCGGCGUUAACCAGGCCUCCCUGGCACGCCUUCAGCUAGUUCAGAAUACUGCUGCUCGGCUUUUAACUGGCACCCGCAAGCGAGAGCACAUAACCCCCAUCCUCGCCUCCCUCCACUGGCUCCCUGUUCAUUUUAGGAUUCUUGUAAGUUAUAUUUUUGGCCCCAUUGCCUCUCACAGGACAGCUGAAGAGAG